AUGCUGCCUCUGGUGCUGUUGAAGACGGCGGCGGCGCACCCGGUGCUGAUUGAGCUAAAGAAUGGGGAGACGUACAAUGGCCACAUGGUGCAGUGCGACACAUGGAUGAACAUCCACCUGCGGGAGGUCAUCUGCACAUCAAAGGACGGCGACCGGUUUUGGCGCAUGCCCGAGGCCUACAUCCGCGGCAACACCAUCAAGUACCUGCGGGUGCCCGACGAGGUGCUGGACAAGGCUAAGGAGGCAGAUUUCCGGCGGGACGAGAAGAGGCCAGCGGGUGGCGGCCGUGGCCGCGGAGGCAGAGGCGGCGGCCGGGGAGGCAUGGGCAGGGAGGGCGGCAGGGGGCGCGAGGGCGGCCGCGGGGGAAGGGGCGAAGGCGGUCGCGGCGGCCGGGGCUGA